AUGGCAGAACCAAUCGAACCACCCAUCACCCUCUCCGAGCAAGCCUCUUCCGCCGCAGAAGUCUUCAAUUCCGUCAAAGUCUCCCUCGCCGACCUAUGCGCCAAAGGCACAGCGCAAUACGCGCACAAGAACUACGAGGAAGCCGCAGACCUUUAUGCGCGCGCUUCGGAACUGCAGGCUGAGCUCAAUGGCGAGAUGUCUCCUGACAAUGCUGAGAUACUGUUCUUGUAUGGGCGCUCGCUGUUUCGCGUUGGCCAGGGCAAAAGUGAUGUGCUAGGGGGACGGGCUACAGGUGAGGAAAAGAAGAAGAAGAAAGCGACAAAUGGGGCGAAGGCCAAGAAGGUGGAGGGUGAGAGUAACACUAUUGCGGAAGAGGGCGUUGCCAUUGUUGCAGAGCAGAUUGGAAGCGCAAAGAAACAGGAUGAUGGGGAUGAGAAGAAGCCGUUGUUCACAUUUACUGGCGAUGAGAACUUUGAGGACUCAGAUGAUGAGGAGGAUGCAGAUGAGGGUGAAGGCGAAGAUGAGGAGGAAGACGAUGAUCUUGCCGCCGCUUUCGAGGUUCUGGAUCUCUCGCGUCUUCUGUUCUCGAAGCGAUUAGAGGAGCCACAGGAGGGUGACGGCAAGGGAAAAGAAGUCGGCGAUUCAGCGAUGACGAAGCAUCUCAAAGAGCGCUUGGCGGACACACAUGAUCUACUCGCAGAGAUUUCCUUGGAAAAUGAGAGAUUCCCUGCCGCAGUCUCCGACUUCAAGUCUUCAUUAGCAUUCAAGGACGAGCUGUACCCUGCAGAAUCCGAGAUCCUUGCAGAAGCACAUUUCAAGCUGUCACUCGCGCUUGAGUUUGCAUCGAAUUCGGGCGACUUGAAGGAGGAAGAUGGUCAAGUACUUCGAGAUGAGGCAGUCAAGGAGUUAGAGGCUGCGCUGAGCAGUACGAAGCUUAAACUACAAAACAAAGAGGUCGAGCUGGCAUCUUCUUCGUCCCCUGAUGACAACGAUGUGACAAGAGAACAAAUCACUGAAGUCAAAGAGAUCGUUGCUGAGAUGGAAGGCCGACUCACCGAAUUAAAAAGCGGACCCAUUGACAUCGAUGGAGUCAAAGCUACGUUAGGCAUGGGCGGCGGUAAUUCCAUGGGUGGUGUUCUCGGUUCAACAUUGGGCGAGACCCCUGAGCAAGCAGCAACCAGGAUCGAAGAAGCAAAGAAGGGAGCUAAUGAUCUUAGCGGACUGGUUCGUCGCAAGGCAAAGGGUGCAGAUGCUACCCCCGAACCUACCAAUGGUACGAACGGCAAGCGUAAGGCUGAGGAAGAACCUAUGGAGAGCGACAAUGCGAAGAAAACAAAGGUGGAUGUUGCAGCUGAGUAG